AUGUCGACCGCCGCGCCCCAAGCUCUCCGCAAAAUGCGCAUUAUAUCCGUGCCCCUUACGCGUCCGACCCGCCACCCGCCCUCCACAGAUAAGAAUGCGAAGAGGAUACUCACGUACUACCAAUUCCAAAUAUCCGCGUCUAAGCCGGCGAGCACGGGUAUGAGCACGUCGUCGUCAGGGUGGCUCCCCGAGGAGGGCAUCGCGAAUUGGAUAACGAAAAAGGCGGGUAAUACGUGGGCUGGGUUCGGGAAGGCGAAGGGUGGGUGGAAGCUCAAGACGUAUCAGAUGGGAGAACGUCUGGUGGAUAGAAUGGACUUUGAAGAGCUGGCAUUGAAGAGUAUAGAUCCUUCGCUUGGUCCGUCUAUUAAACACCCGGGCGGGGGACACGCGUUGGAGGGGAAAGGCAAGGAGAAGGGGAAAGAAUCUGUAGCUUCAAGCGCGUCGGAGAAAGGAGAGGAUUCGUUGGUGAUCCCACUACUUUACCCGCCCUCACAAACCUCCUCGUCCGCCGCUCUGGCGCAUCUCCGGCAGUACGUUGAGCAUCGGAUGCCUAAGCACCGGAGGGGCUUCUACACUUGGAUGAUCCUCACCCCAUUCACCGCUCCAUUCAUGAUCAUUCCGAUAAUACCCAAUCUCCCAUUCUUCUUCUGCGUCUGGCGGUCAUGGUCACAUUAUAGAGCCUAUAAAUCAUCGCAAUACCUACAAAAUCUCCUAGAGAACAGCGUAAUCGUUCCUGAAGGAAGCGAGGUGCUCGACGGGAUAUAUAAAGAGUUUUCAUCCGCCUCUUCUUCAUCAAGUACAAGCACCACAUCCAACACCGACCCUAUCUCGAACGCCCAGCCAGCCUCCUUAUCAGACACGAACCCGAACUCCCCAUCACCUCCCCCCUCCAACUCCCCACCCAACCCCAACCCCAACCCUCCUCACCACCAACACAAACACACCCUCCUCCUAACGCGCGACGCCGUCCCACUCAUCCUUGCAAAGUUUGGACUAAAAGAAAGCGCGGCGGGCGCGGACCUUUAUAGGGCUGUUGAGCAGGCACGGGUGAGGGUUGAGAGUGGGCGGUUGGAGCUUUAG